AUGAAAAUUAAUUUCACAUCCGCUUGUGCAGAUGAUGUUAAUGAACUUGCAAUUAAUAUUUCCUGGAUUAUUUUAAGCAUGCUGGUCAUAGUUCAAAGCUUACUAAUAAUAUUUAUCAUCUGGCGAAGUCCAAAACUCCACACAAACACAAACAUGCUUAUUGUGUCAGUAAGUGCAGGCGAUAUAUUUUUUGCUGUUUCUUGCGAAAUCAAUGCGACACUGGGCUUACUGUUUUCCAGUAACAUCGUAGCCGAGCUAGUCUUGAUGGAUACGUUUAUGAUGGGAGCGUUGUUCUCUACACUGAUGUUGUCCAUGAACCAGAUGGGAGUUAUCGCCGCUGAUCGCUACAUCAACAUUGUCCACCCGUUUUUCUACAUCAAACAUGUAACCAAGAGGCGUGUUCUGUUAAACAUUAUUUGUUACUGGAUUCUGGCACUUGUUUAUGGAGCAAUCCCCUUAUUU